CGUCGCUGGUUCCCCAGAAACUAGGCGCACGAUCACGUGGGCCCAUCGCGCGGCGGCCGACGCGGGAAGCCGCGCGAGAGCCCGGCACCGAGUGCGUGAGUCGGCGCUGCCGCGUGCAGUGCGCGGCGCGGAGCCCGCCCCUCCCGCAUAGAGAAGCCAGCCCGCCGCCGCGGCGGCGUCUGGAGCCACAAUGGAUACUGCUAGCCAUAGCCUUGUCCUUCUGCAGCAGCUGAACAUGCAGCGAGAAUUUGGUUUUCUAUGUGAUUGCACAGUUGCUAUUGGAGAUGUUUACUUCAAAGCCCAUAGAGCAGUGCUUGCUGCUUUUUCUAACUAUUUCAAGAUGAUAUUUAUUCACCAAACAAGUGAAUGCAUAAAAAUCCAACCAACCGACAUUCAACCUGACAUAUUCAGCUAUUUGUUACAUAUUAUGUACACGGGGAAAGGGCCAAAACAGAUUGUGGAUCAUAGUCGUUUGGAGGAAGGGAUUCGAUUUCUUCAUGCCGACUACCUUUCUCACAUUGCAACUGAAAUGAAUCAAGUGUUCUCACCAGAGACUGUGCAGUCCUCAAACUUGUAUGGCAUUCAGAUUUCAACAACCCAAAAAACAACUGUGAAACAAGGGCUGGAGGUCAAGGAAACUCCUUCCAAUAACAAUGGAAACAGAGCUGCUGUCCAGGGUGACCACCCUCAGUUGCAGCUGUCUCUUGCUAUUGGGCUUGAUGAUGGCACUGCAGACCAGCAGAGAGUUCAUCCUGCUGCCCAGGCCUUGGAGGAGCACCAGAAACCCCCAGUGUCCAUCAAGCAGGAGAGAUGUGAUCCAGAAUCUGUGGUCCCCCAGAGCCACCCCUCACCCUCAUCAGAGGUAACAGGUCUCUCUUUUACAGAAAACAGUGUCAAAAUACAUUUAUGCCAUUACUGUGGGGAACGUUUUGAUUCCCGUAGUAACUUAAGACAACAUCUCCAUACCCAUGUGUCUGGAUCCCUUCCAUUUGGUGUCCCUGCUUCCAUUCUGGAAAGUAAUGAUCUUGGAGAAGUACAUCCACUUAAUGAAAAUAGCGAAGUUCUUGAAUGUCACAGGCUCAGUUCCUUUAUUGUCAAGGAGAAUGAGCAGCAGCCUGAACACUCAAAUCGUGGUACCACAGAGCCUUUGCAGAUUAGUCAAGUAUCUUUGAUCUCCAAAGAUACAGAGCCAGUAGAAUUAAACUGUAAUUUUUCUUUUUCAAGGAAAAGAAAAAUCAGUUGUACCAUCUGUGGUCAUAAAUUUCUUAGAAAGAGUCAAUUGCUGGAACACAUGUAUACACACAAAGGUAAAUCUUACAGAUAUAACCGAUGCCAAAGGUUUGGUAAUGCAUUGGCCCAGAGAUUUCAGCCAUACUGUGACAACUGGUCUGAUGUACCUGUGAAAAGUUCUCGCUUAUCACAAGAACACUUGGACUUGCCUUGUGCCUUAGAGUCAGAGCUCACACAAGAAAAUGUUGACACUAUCCUUGUUGAAUAGCAACUCCUCCUACAGAAUUUUUAUACCAAUCCUGAAAAAAAAAAAAUUCAUGUGGUAUUUUUUAUUUAUGAAUUAUUUUCCUUCUCAA